AUGAUUACUGAGUUCCUCUUGACAGUUCUCAGUUUCUUCCUCUCUGCUUUCCUUCUCAAACUCUUGUUUGAGAGAAGAAGAAAGCCCAGGGACCACUUCAAGCCCCCUCCAAGCCCACCAGCAAUACCCGUAAUCGGUCACCUCCAUCUGCUUAAACCACUCAUCCAUCACGCGUUCCAAGAACUUUCUCUCCGAUAUGGGCCUCUUCUAUGCCUUCGAUUAGGUUCCGCAAAGUUCGUAGUUGCAAGCACCCCUUCACUCGCCAAAGAGUUUCUCAAGAUCAACGAGCUCACAUACUCUUCUCGAAAAAUGAACAUGGCCAUUGACAUGGUUACCUACCACAACGCCACGUUUGCGUUUGCCCCUUACGACACUUACUGGAAGUUCAUGAAAAAGCUCAGCACCACUGAACUCUUGGGAAACAAAACCCUCGCGCAGUUCCUACCAAUUCGGACAAGGCAAGUUCACGAAUUCGUUCAAACUAUAUUCCACAAAUCGAAGGCCGAAGCAAGUGUGAACCUCACUGAGUCACUCUUGAGGCUUUCCAACAACGUGAUAUCGCAGACGAUGCUCAGCAUCAAGAGCUCCGGAACAGACAGCCAGGCAGACCAGGCACGUGCGUUGGUUCGUGAAGUGACGCAGAUUUUCGGUGAGUUUAACGUUUCCGAUUUCAUAGGUUUCUGCAAGAACUUGGAUUUUCAAGGUUUCAAGAAGAGGGCAUUGGACAUACAUAAGAGGUACGAUUCUCUGCUAGAAAAGAUCAUCUCUGAUCGUGAAGAACUAAGAGGGAAAUCGAAGGUUGAAGGUCGUGAAGAUGGAGACAAUAGAGUGAAGGAUUUUCUUGAUAUUUUGCUGGAUGUUGCUGAGCAGAAUGAAUGCGAGGUUGAGUUAACUCGAAACCAUAUCAAAUCAUUGAUCUUGUUUACAGCAGCUACCGACACAACUGCUAUAUCAGUGGAAUGGGCGAUAGCAGAACUGUUCAACAAUCCAAAGGUGCUGGAGAAAGAUCAAGAGGAGGUGGACAAAGUCACUGGAAACAAGAGAUUAGUGUGUGAAGCAGACAGUUCUAACCUUCCUUACAUCCAUGCCAUCAUAAAAGAAACAAUGAGGCUUCACCCGCCAAUACCAAUGAUUAUGAGGAAGGGAAUCGAAGAAUGUGUGGUUAAUGGAAACAUGAUUCCAAAGGGUUCAAUAGUCUGUGUAAACAUUUGGGCUAUGGGGAGGGAUCCAAGUAUCUGGGAGAACCCUUUAUUGUUUAGGCCAGAAAGGUUUCUAGAAGAUGAAGGAAGCAAUGUGGAUCUGAAAGGGCAUCAUUUUGAGUUGUUGCCAUUUGGGAGUGGAAGGAGAGGGUGUCCUGGCAUGCCUUUGGCCAUGCGUGAAUUGCCCACAAUCAUUGGAGCACUCAUACAGUGUUUUGAGUGGAAGAUGUUGGGUUCUCAUGGUGAAAUCUUAGAGCAUGGUAGACGUAAAAUCAAUAUGGAUGAACGACCAGGGUUGACUGCUCCAAGGGCCAAUGAUCUUAUAUGCAUUCCUGUUGCACGAUUAAAUCCUACUCUUUUUCAAGUGUAG